AUGUCCGAUCACAAAGAACCCUCAGUGGCUGUUCCAGUUGCUAGCCAGGCUGCGACUGACCCAGCUCCUACUGUUUCAGCAGAGCCAACAGCAACAGAAGCAACCACACCACCAACCACGUCAACACCAGCAGCCCAUACGGUCACACCUAUUCCUGACACUAGUCCUCCCCAGUAUGAAGAACACCCCAGAGAUGUGAUCGCACCAGAACCAGCAGUCAUAUCUGACACCACAGACAACAACACACUGGGUCCUGUACCAGAGAAGGUGGCACCCGCUGCAGUCACCCCAAAUGUAAUUCCCCUCAACCGGCUAAACGACAAGCCAGGCUUCGUGAACUGUCCAUUCUGCUUUCACUGUGCUCUGACUAAAGUCGAAAAAACGAGCACCAGUUCCACCUCUAUGGCUGCCGUCUGCUGUUGUCUCUUCGGUGGCAUUAUCUGCGCCUUCUUGCCCUAUUGCUUCGAGAUGUGUCAUGAUAGCCACCACUUCUGCGGAAACUGCAACAACAAAGUAGCCUUCCUUUCAGAUGAAGGCAAACUGGAAGUCUACUCGCCAGCUAACCCUGCUCCGAGACAAGGACAGAGUCGGGCUCCUGUCAACACUGCCCCCAGCCCCAUUCAACCUCCACAGGCACAGCCCGUUAUGAAGAAUUAA